GUUAAUAUUUUCCUCUUCUACCCUACAUGAGCUUGGUCUUUUGCUCCAGGUCCAGCUGAUACACACUCCAGGAGGAGAUCGGGGCAGUCUUCUUUGAGGCAGAUCCCCAAGAUCAACAUCAGUCAGCUGGUGGUGACUCACACUCCUUCACUUCCUGGACCUGUCAGGCCUGGGUUUGCAACUGUAAAGACUUGCACUGUUUUGGAACAGAAGCUCUUCCAUGUGCCUGCACAGGAUUUUGUGUUCUUUCAGAAACGAUUAGCCCUGUUGAUGUGUGCUCUGGCCUUUCUCUCCUUAGCAUUGAGCUGUGGCCACCAUGGGCUCUGUGAAUUCCAGAGGGCACAAGACAGAAGCCCAGGUGGUGAUGAUGGGCCUUGACUCAGCAGGCAAGACCACAAUCCUGUACAAGCUGAAAGGCCAUCAGCUGGUAGAGACCCUGCCCACUAUUGGUUUCAAUGUGGAGCCUCUUGAAACUCCUGGUCACAUGCCAUUGAUUCUGUGGGAUAUUGGGGGACAGAUCCAGCUUAGGGCCACCUGGAAGGACUACCUGGAAAAUGCAGAUAUCCUUGUGUACGUGCUGGACAGUACUGAUGAAGCCCGCUUGCCUGAGGCGAUGGCUGAGCUCACAGAAGUCCUGGAGGACCCCAAUAUGGUCUACGUUCCUUUCUUGGUGCUGGCCAACAAACAGGAGUCACCUGAUGCCCUUCCACUGCUUGAGAUCAGAAACAGGCUCGGCCUGGAGAGGUUCUUGGAUCAUAGCUGGGAGCUCCGGGGCUGCAGUGCCCUCACCGGCCAGGGCCUGCCCGAGGUCCUGCAGAGCCUGCAGAGCCUGCUCAAGUCCCGCUGAAGUCCCAGGGCCACCCGUGUGGCCAGAUGAAAGUGGAUGGGUAAGGGAGAGAAUGGAUUCUGCAACAUAUCAAAGCCAAUUAUUCCUGCUCUACAAACUGGUAGGACCAGGUCACCCUUGAGAGAUGUCACCUCAGUUUACUAACCAAGAAAUCCUUCUAUUCUUGGUCAGGAUAUUUUCUUCUAGACAUUGUGAUGGCAAUCAACUUUUCUUUGGAUACUCUAAGGGAAAAAAGCUGUUAAUAUAAUUCAUUUAAUAGCUCAUUACUGAGGGUAAAUGGAACAAUGAGUUACCUAAGAAACUGAGAUAAAAGUUCACAAGGAAAAGAGCUUUCAGUCAAAUAAGAGGAUCCUCUGGCCAUGGCUGUGACUACCAUGAUUAUCAGUGAUUUUUCUUCUGGCCCAAGAAACCA